UCUACGCCCUCGACCAUCGUUUCCGCUGUAAAAAGACAAAAACAAAAUUCCUCCUAACGUCUUCCUUAUUCACGCCAAACAUUUUCCGUCAAAACUAACGCCGUCAACCCUCCCCCUCCGUAUAAAUACCACACCCUCAACCUUCGCCAUCUUCCAAAAUUUCGGGCACCGAUUCUAGAUUCUCGUAUCCCGUUUUCUCGCCGAAAUAUCAACAACGCUACUCAUCGCUAAUCACCGCUUCAUAUUAGUUCGCUUCGGAGCUCCAAAAAUGGAAAGCUAAAGAAGGAAAAAAAAAAUUUGGAUUUCACAUCACAUCAAAUCACAUCGUAUCGUAUCCAAGCGAAGCCAAGCCAAUCCAAUCGAAUCCACCGUUCGUUAAUAUCUGGCGUUGGACAUACGAAGGUGGUGCAUCUGCGAGAGGUGAGACAAAAGAAGGAGAAGCGGUUGAACGUUUGCUUGCUAAGUCGUUUUCGAAUAGUCAGUCAGUCAGCCGCUUUUGGUUUUCGGGUGUGCCUUGGAGAACGGGGAUUGAUGUGAUUUACACAAAAGAUAAAGAGAGAAUCGAAAGAAUAUAUUAUAGAAAAAAAGGAGGGUAUAAUUAAGAAGAGUAAAGAAAGAUGUUUACGUGUAUAGCGUGUACGAAGCAAACGACGGAUGAGAGGGAGGAAGAAGGAGUCCGUGAGAGUAGCACGCCGAGUACAAAAGAAGCUGUCAAAAGCCUGACCACACAGAUAAAGGAUAUGGCACUGAAGUUUUCAGGUGCUUACAAACAAUGCAAACCCUGCACAGGGUCUAGUAGCUACAAGAAAGGACAUAGACCAUAUCCAGACUUCGAUACCAUCUCAGAAGGGGUUCCAUACCCUUACAUUGGGGGUGCAAGCUCAAGUUCAACCCCCGCUUGGGACUUCACAACAUCUCACUACCCUGGAGGAAGAUCAGACCCACGAUUUGCUGGGGCAUUUGGUGGUGACCGCACGCCUAGAGGACGAGACUCAGCAUCAGUUUGUGAUGUAGUCUUAGAGGACGAGGAUGAGCCUAAGGAGUGGAUGGCAGUAGUGGAACCAGGGGUUCACAUUACCUUUGUGUCUCUUCCUAAUGGGGGAAAUGAUCUUAAAAGAAUUCGCUUCAGCCGAGAGAUGUUUAAUAAAUGGCAAGCGCAAAGAUGGUGGGGUGAGAAUUACGACAGAAUCAUGGAACUUUAUAACGUGCAGAGAUUUAAUCGACAGGCGCUCAACACUCCUCCAAGGUCUGAGGACGAGCCAAGAGAUUCUACCUUCUCAAGAUUGACAUCUGCACAGGAAAGUCCCAUGCCGUCAAACAAGGAUUGGACCCCCAGGAGUCACUAUAAACCUUCUGGGAGCAGAGGAUAUUACCCCUCUGAACCGUUGGAUCAUGGUGGAGGUGGUGGCCACUUGCAUGCAGGGCCAUCUAUGGAACCAGCAAGGGAUACUACUGCUUCUAGAGAUGAGCCUUCUAUCAGCAAUGCCAGCGAAAUGGAGGCAGAAUGGGUAGAACAAGAUGAGCCUGGGGUUUACAUUACAAUCCGGCAGUUAGCUGAUGGGACCAGGGAGCUUCGACGUGUCAGAUUCAGCCGGGAAAGAUUUGGUGAGGUGAAUGCAAAAACAUGGUGGGAAGAAAACAGAGAGAGAAUACAAGCUCAAUACCUUUGAAGUGUAUUCCUAAGAAAAAGUGGAAUCCCAAAUUUUGUCUCCAAGAGAAUGUAACGGUAUGACUCCAGAUUAAGGAGUGGAGUCAGUCCUAUACAGAAAACUGGACUUCCCACCAUCGUUUAUGGUCUCUGGUGUUAGUGCAAAUCAGGGAUUUAGUUUUGUGGUGACUCCAUUUUUUCCAAGUAUCAGUCGCCAUUGGAUUGGGAGGUCUAAUCUUUAUUACAAAUCAAAUAUAUAUUUUUUAUCCUCCUAAUUUUCCUGCCUUGCUUUCUUUUCAUUUUAAGGGAUACUUUUUUUCUCAUCACGAUUGUUGUUCCAUUAAUUUAUCACCAUUUGUUUAUUUUUUAUCUCCCAAGUGGAACUGUGUUGUAGUUGUUUACCAAAGAAAUUAAUUAAGAGAAAACACUGCUAUUUAUUAAUGCAUGAUUUAAGAUAUUCUAGUAUGUGGUUUUGUUUAAAUAAAUUUCUCUAUAAAUUAAAUAUAGUGUAGAAGACGUUUAAGUUUGCGUUCUUGUAUAAAAGACGUUUAGGAGACACGUGUCUGUCUCAGUAAGUUGAUCUACAAA